GAAGAAAACCCGGAAGAAAAGUGUCCACAUGUACCCACAGUGUGAGUGAACACAUGUUUUUAUAUGUUAGAAGAGCAAUAUAACAGAAGUUAAACAGCGGCAUGAUAUCUGGAUAAGUCCUGUAGCUCGUUAAAGGUCAGUCAGCGAGGCUCGUUUUACAUAUAUCAGACACUGAUGUGAAGAUGUUGAGUGAUUCAGAGGCUGCAGAGCUGCUCUCCUUCCUGACUCCCAGUGCACGUCCUGAUGUCAAAAGUCACACCACAGGGUACAUCCUGGGACUGUCUGGACACAGGGAUGGCUGCCGCUUCCUCCGCACUAAACCUGACAUACUUGUUGCCCUGUUUGCUCUGACGUCUGACCCCUCUAGUGCCAUCGUGAAGGACUGUUACCACAUCUUCAUCAACCUGUCCGCUGACGAGACUCUGCACCAGGUUUUGGUGGCAGACGUCAAAGUUCUCCCAGUGUUGUUGAAGAGGCUUCUGGAUCCAGAGUUCUCGUUCUCUGACCAGAUCGCCUCCAUUCUGUCCAACCUCAGCCGCCAUGCGAAGACCUGCAAGACUGUGUUCAAGGUCCUGCAGGAGGAGGUCGGCCUCACUCAGCUGGUGGAGAUCUUCUGCACUGAAGGUUUCAACAAGAAGGCGAAGCUUCACUACCUGAGUCCUCUGCUGUCCAACCUGACGCAGCUGCCUGAGGCCAGAAACUACAUCAUGGACAAGGACAGGUGUGUAAUCCAGAGGCUGCUUCCCUUCACUCAGUACCAGGGAUCAGCGGUGAGGCGAGGUGGAGUCGUAGGGACCCUGCGCAACUGUUGCUUUGACCACGCCCAUCACGAGUGGUUGCUAAGCGACGCUGUGGACAUCCUGCCCUUCCUCUUGCUGCCGCUGGCCGGUCCAGAGGAGCUGACAGACGAAGAAAAUGAAGGUCUGCCUGUGGACCUGCAGUACCUCCCCGAGGACAAGAAGAGAGAAGAAGACCCCGACAUCAGAAAGAUGCUGCUGGAAACACUUUUACUGCUGACAGCAACUAAAGCCGGUCGGAAAAUAAUGAAAGAGAAGAACGUUUAUCCGAUCAUGAGAGAGUUCCACAGCUGGGAGAAGGAAGUCAGCGUGACGGCAGCCUGUGAGAAACUGGUCCAGGUGCUGAUAGGAGACGAGCCGGAGCAGGGGAUGGAGAACCUGAUGGAGGUGGAGAUUCCCGAUGAUGUGGAGGAGAAACUGAAGGAGGCCGAUGCCAAAGAACAGCAGGAGCUGGAGAAAGAACAGGAGAAGAUGAGGCAGGAGGAAGAGGAGGAGAAGAAGAAGAGAGAAGCAGAGGGGACGGACAAAGACGAGGAGAGUGGACUGAUACGAUAAAGCCUGUUUUAGACCUGACGGGACGUUUACAGAGAGAGCGAUGAACAGUGUCACUGCUGGAGAAAGUAAGUAAUGUAUAAGAAGAAGAAGAAGAAGAGGAGUGUUUCCUCUUCUCUCACAGACUGAAUCAGGGAUGGAUUUUAAACUUUACUUUGUUGUUGAAGCCUUUAAUUAAUUUGAGCGUGAGGGAAACUCACUCUGAUUGUCACGGUGAAUCCACUGAUUGGUUUUCAUCAGUUUCAUCAUCUAUUACUGACAUUCAAGUAUUUUAUUCCUCCUCUGUCCCACACCACGUGGUGGGAAAAUAACUUUACAUGUGGAUCUGACAUUAGAAGAAGUCUCAACAGCUAAACAUUGACUCAUUUAAAGUGUCUUGUGUUUAUUUAAGGCACAGCAUGCAGGAUUUUCUUUGGGAAAAUACAAUAUAUAGACUCACACAGAAGUUAUCCCUCUCAAUCAUCACUUACGACCUGCUAGUGGAGUGUGGCAGUGUCUGUAUCUGCAGAGAACCUGCCCUCUGCCUGUGUUUGUAAUUUUCUUCUUAUUUUGGUUUGUCAAGGACAUUUCUGGGUGUCAGCCUUAGUGGCACAAGGUCGUAUCCCUACUCUGCUCUGUGGAUGUGAGCUGCAGGUCUGUGUGUCCGUCUGAUCGAGGGCGAGGUUGAGCCACACACACAGACACAGAGCAGAGAAGCCAAACAGACAGGAUGAGGCUUUAGUUGAAUUCACACAAGAUCCAGCAGUGCAGCACCUUUCUCUGCAGUUGUGCAGAGGUGUGGGCGUGUAUAUUUGUACUUAACCAUCAUAAAACAAUCAGAAAAUAACAAAUGAUUUCUCUGAUUCACUGCUUUGUUCUCCUUAACGCCGCUUCCUCUCCUCAUUCACUCUCUUGCACGCUUGACUACCACUGCUCUCUCAGUCUUGAGCCGAGGAGGAGGAGCCAAGUUUGAAUGUUGUGUUUUCAAACAGUGGGCACCUAGUCCUGCACAGUGUGCCCAGGGUUGCAGCGGUCAUGGAAAACCUGGAAAAGUCAUGGAAUUAGAAAUAAAUAAUUGAUUCCAUAUAAUGUAACAUAACAGCAAAUUUAUUUUCUGUAGCUGACGGUGUAACGUAGCUCCAAUAUGCAUCGAUGUGUGACAACAUUUUGUUUACCAUCACAUAUGCUUAUACAUUUUCUUCCCGUGUUCCAUUUCUCCCUUCAUGUAUGCCCACUAGCUGAAGUUUUGCUUGAAUAGAGUUUAUCUGAUAUGAAUGAAAAAUGCCCGGAAAGAAAAAGAAUGUGUUAUGGGUCCUUGAAAAGUCAUGAAAAUGUUUUUGAAAUUUUGUCCAUGAAAAUGCGAGGGAGUCUGUCUGUCUUUAAACUGACACAAUUUAGUAUAGCGGUCAAAAAGUGUUACAAAACACAUGCCUAAGGGUGCCCACUAGCUCUGUGGGUAGAGUGGGUACUCCAUGUGCAAAGGCAGUGUCCUUACUACAGCUGCUGUGGGUUCCAGCCUGUGGCUCUUUGCUGCAUGUUGUCCCCUCUUUCUCCUCCUGUCAUGCUUCAAACUGUCCUGCCAUUAAAGGCGAAAAGCCCCAAAAAAUAAUCUAAAAACCCCCACAUAUCUAUGCCUCUAGCAUAAAAAAGACCUAUUCAGAUGUGAGACAACGUGUUAAAUCGCCAACACUACGUAAUGGUGUGCAGUCUGUCCUGCUGAGGACGGAACAUCUUAAUUAUGAUCUCAUUUUCCGGUUGAGCUGUCAGACUGUUCACUCCUUCACACCCAGUUUCCUUUAAUUUCCACUUCAAGCUGGUUUGAAGCUGUAGAAGAUUCUUCAUUGCUCUGUCUGACAGCCUUGUAUACUGUUUAUUAUGUACCAAGUUGUUCCUGCUUUCUAUUGAAGCCGUAGGACACCUUUCACUUAAAUGCUGCAUCAUUUCAAACACAACUUUGAAAACUGAGAACUCCACUAAAAUUUUAAAUAAAGAUAUAUCAGUUUCAGCAACGUUUGGCUGCACAGUGUGAGACUGUCAUGACUGUUCUGUGACCUCUCUCUGUAUCUGAAUAUAUUCUGGUGUUCUAUCUAAUCCUCGGUGCUUUGAAAUGAGCUACAAGAGUAACUUCUGAACCCACCUUUGUAUUGCCUUGUUCUCUUAUGCAUGGAGUCUGGAGGGUUUUUUUUGUUUGUUUGUCUGUUUUUGCAGAUACAAGCUUUAUGUAUACCCCUCAGAUAUCCUAACACUGAUCUGCAGCUGCUCAGUAAUGUGUAUGAAGCAGGUUAGUCCCCUGAAGGACUGCAGUCUCAUGCUGAGUAGGUGUUUGUUCAGUCUCUUCUUGAAGGCGUUAACAAUACUUCAUGUGAUGUCUGUGACGACAGCAGGGGGAAGGCUGUUUCAUGUUGUUACAGCAGAGAGGAGAAAGCUCCUAUCAAGGCCUUUGGUGUCAGCCCUGGGGAGUGACAAAACAUGGCCUGGUGGUAACCUCCAGGUGGUUUGACCUCAGACAUGAGGGCAGCAGCUUUCAGGUCUGCUGGACAGGUUUGAGUUUUUAUCUUGGGAAGUACAGUUGUUGCAGCAACUUUUCUGUGAUGGCUUAGCUUGGUGAUGGCAUAAUGGGGUCGGCAACCUGUACUAUCCUUAUAUUGGCCAAAAACAAGUCUGUUUGGAGCUGUAAAAUAUAUCAUGAAGGUAGCCUUAUAAUAACGGGAACACGGCCUAUUAAGUCUAAAUUUGUGUUAGUAAUAGUUCUAAAUCAGCAUUCAUUAAUGUUUUCCACAGGGUGGCUACUCGACAGGGUACUAUUUAUCAUUAUUUGGUAUUUUAAUUUUGCAGCAUUGGCGGUGAAAGCAAAGUAAUCCUGUUCAUGCACUAUUAAAUUCUUUAUUUUCCUCCGAGACUUUUCCUUUUUUGAA